AUGGUAGAGGGUCUUAACGUGCGCUUAAGUCCUUUGCGAUCGCCGGCGCCUGAAUAUAUGGGCGACGGCGCUGGGAUACAGCCGAAGUUUGCAACCGAUUUCGCUCCUGCAAUGGAUUUAGGAGCAGAUGUUGAGAUGCCCAAUCCCCGUUUCGAGGAUCUGGCCGUCAUAUCCUUCCAGCCACAAGUCUACAAGAGUUCCAGCCUUGAAGAGCGGCCAUCUAUCGACACCGUUUACACCUCAAAUUUUUUUUCUUCCUUCUGGCCUUCCCAUCCCUUCUUACCCUCCAGUAGACACAUCGAAGAUUAUCUGAGGGGUAGCGAAGGAACGAGCCUGAUCCAUGCCAUCAAUUACAUUGGGUCCCUCUAUGCUUGCGCAGGGAACAGUCAACUACAAACCAUGACUUUCCCGCAAAAACUGCAUGAAUAUCCGCAGAAUAUUUUCGCUGUGCAGUCGCUCAUUCUUCUAGCAAUAUCAUCGCACAUGUUCGACAAUCCUACACAAGCCCAAGCGUUCCUGCAUACAGCCAUUGAAAUAGCACUUGCUAUCCGAUUACAUAGACAAGACUUCGAUACUCGCCUUGGAAAAGGAAGUUGUGCAAUGGCAGAAAGUUGGCGUCGUACGUGGUGGGAGCUUUAUAUCCUCGAUAUAAUGUUUGCGGGCUUGAACCAGACGAGCAAUAUGUGGCUGAAGGAUGCCCACCCUGGGGCCAGAAGUUUGGCGGAGUUUAAUUGUCGCUUUUUCGCUGAAGAGGAGAUUGAAUACUCAUCAUUUUCCUACCGCAUUGCUGCUGCUCGAGCCCUGAGUGGUAUCAUAUCUGUCUCCAUUGCCCCAUCGUUGCAGGCACCACCGUCGUACACAGAAGCGGAGCUGGUACUGGAGAAUCUAGUCCUGCAUCUUCCGAAGCAUAUGCAAAGCUUCGUGAAUAUAGAUGGGUCGAUCAACGAAAUCCUCUUUCAGACUCAUAUGAUGAUCCACGCACCGCGAUCGAUUCUAGCCGCCUCCGGGCUCAUCCAUCAAAUUACUUGCGCCCCAAAUGCUGCAACCUGGCACUCAGAGUCCAUUCUGCACCACACGAAGAAAACCGUGGAUGCAGCCGAUGGGAUCUGCCAAAUGAUCAGCGCACCGCCUUCAUUGUUUUCGCGAACGCCUUUCUUUGUCUGCGCUGUGGCUUUGCAGGCUAUCGUUCAUCUAAGCGCUUAUGGCAUAGCAGGGUGGAGUCAAAAACGGCCGCUCAUGCAGCAGCAAAUCCAGAUGAGCAUAGGAGCGCUCAAAAAGCUGAGCGAAAUAUGGGAAGUGGCCAGCAUCGUCUUGAGCCAAAUAAAGUGUGUGGCAAGAGCGGUCCUUGAUCCUCCACGGAACGUGAGGUCCCCGGAUGACAGACGAGACACUACUUCGGCUCACCAUAGCUUGAAAGAAGCCGGCAUUGCAGAAACGCUUCCAGCCAACUUCGAGGAUCUCGUGCAAGGGAACGAUGAAUCUUGGUUUAAUGAUUUCCUGGCCCAGAAUUAG